AAUUUCUCUUGCAAUGGCGUGUCGUGAAAACAUGGGUGAAUUUGGUAGUUGUUUUAUUAAAAGUUACACAUUAGAAUCAGUCUGGAAUGUGAAACAUAUUUAUGCUGGAAAAUCAAGUCAAAAUACUAUUUAGCAUGGAUUCAUAUUGAGAGGACAUGGCGGGAGCAGCUUAAAGGAACAUUUUGUCCUUUGUCCCACCUUUUGGAAAAGGCCUAUUUUAAGGUCUUUCCUUCUUCCAGUAUUUGACAAUAAAUACUGCUGCUGCUUAUUUGAGACGCGGUCUAAAUUGCAGAAUUUUUUGGUAGCUUUUAGUGUAAAUUCUAUUCUACGCACAUAGGCUUUUUUGACGUUGUUAGUGCAGUAAAGUUGCCAGAACGAAACGAGUUCGCACUCCGAACAGCAUAUGUGCAAAUAGGAAUCAAGGCCUGUUUGUAAUUUGUUUAUAUUUACUGUAAACAUAGAACACAGUUUCUGAGUAAUCAUAUACUGCACUUAGCAGAACCAUUAAAACAGAACACAGAGGAGAUCAAUACAAAGGUGUAUUGAAAGCGAUAUAUUUCUCGUAAAAAUGUCCAAAACAACAAAAAGAAAGCAUGUUACCAAGGAAGCACUCACUGAAUACUAUGUACCGGAAGGAGAUGAAGAAAUUGUCAAGAUAAUUGCUGGAAGAGGUAAUAAUCUGCAUGAAGUACAAACAGCUAAUGGCAGAAAGUUUCUUGUCAGCAUGCCAUCAAAAUUCCGGAAAAAUCUCUGGGUCAAAAGAGGUGAUUAUGUUGUUGUAAACCCAAUAAAAGAAGGGAAUAAAGUACUGGCUGAAAUUGUUUAUAUUCUGUAUGCCAAGCAGAUCAAAUAUUUACAAAAUGAAGGACUUUGGCCAGAGCAAUUUAAAGAGGAAUUGGGCGAGUCAGAAGAAAAGACCAGGGCAAUUGCAUAUGAAGAUAGCUCUGAAAAUAGUGAUGAUGAUGAUGAUGAUGAACUGCUAUUUAAAAACCCAAACAGAAGGGAAUUCAACCUUGUAGAAGAUUCAGAGUCUUCUAGCAGUGAAGAGGUUUCAAGCACUGACAAUGAAGAAGAGGGUGAAGAUGAGAGUCAGAGUGCUAACAAAGAGACCAGAGAAAAUAAUAUUUGUGAAGAUAACAGUAUAUCAAACAAGCUAGAUUCAAUUUCAUUGAACAAUUAGCUUGUAAUCACUGACAGGUUGAUCAAUCACUGGCACCAGGCAUGUUUUGAGUUUUUGUUUUAUAGCCUUAACUUAAAGCUAAACUGAGAACAAUGCCAGAAUGAAUUUUGUGUUACUUUAAUACAAAGAAAAUGUUUUACCCAUUAUUAUUCACAGCCA